UAGGUUUAAGCCCCUCACGUAGUAAAUGUAUAGAAUCAAUUUACAAUCAACUUGAAGUUGAAAAAUCAGAUAGCUCUGCAUUAUUUGGCAUUUGUCUUUUAUACGCAUUAUCACAAAAUUGUGGUGUUGCAAAACAGUUUUUUGAAGGCUUUUUGACACCUGUUGAUAUUGAUGAAACCUCUAGUUUAUUUGUACAUGGUGAUGAAAGAGAAAAGCUUAUUGAUAAAUUAGUUAAUAUAAUUGCAGUAUCAUCUGAUUCCAAAUGCAGUGUUCGAUCAGUAACUUUAGAAAUGGCUAUUGAAUUACUAAAAAAAUUAACAAUUAAUGAAAACAAAUUUUGUAUAUCAGAUAAACAUGUUGCAAUCAUUUAUAAUGCAAAAGAAAAAAUUUUACCUAUUCUUCGUCAGUUUUUUAAAAAAGAAGAAAUGUUUUUGGAAUUAUUUGAAGAUGAGUAUAAUGAAAUGUUUAGAGAAAAAUUAGAUGUUCAACGAUUAAUGAGCGAUUCAACAUUAUUACUACCUCCAGCUCUCUCACCUAUGACAGGAAUUCCUCUUUCUAAACGGUUACCAUGUGGUGAUGUAUGCUUCUUUGUCAUCAUUCUUUUUAUCUGAAUUUGUUGUAGUAUAUUAAGAGCCAUAAUAGAAAUUAUAGUUGGUCUUUGAAGUAUAUUGUUAUUCGUGUAAAAAAAAAUUGUAUAUUAGAACUAACAAAUUCAUUUUGAAAUUUUCGAAUUUGUUUACUAUUAUCUGCAAUAGUAUUAGUUUCUAGUUAU